GAGACACCGACUGUUCGGAAGAAAGGUAAGGCGAACUCUUGUUGGAGAUCAACGUUGCGUGACAGAAACAUCUUUGGAGGCAGUUAAGUUGUCUCAUAUUAUCUUGGGUCUCAGAUGAUCUGUGAACGGAAGUUUUAAUUGCUUUUCUCUGACCUUUUCCACCACCAAGAUCAUGUUGCUCUAUUUGAGCUUUGUGGUGGUUCAUAUGUGCUAUUUAUUGGUGACAAUUCAUGGCCAAUUCAAUCCCCUUCCAUUGAAUCAGCGUGGGAGGGAACCACCUGCCGUGGUAAUGCCCAGAAGCUUCACGCCAAGGUCAGUGCAGGAGGCCUUUACUAGAGCUGGGACCAUCAUCAGUGAGAGGCGGAGCACCAUAACUGCUAGAAGAAGGCCACAAGAUCCAAUGAGCAAUAUACCGUCGGCGCGACAUCAGCGAUUCUUAGCCAGUAGACCGAGAUCCAGAAGAAUGGAAACCGUACAAGAACGGUUUGAAGAAGCCACCAGAGUUCUCCUCAAUGAAUUUAACCUGACUCCUCAGCAAAUCCUUUUCGGGCUUUCCCAAGCGAAUCUGUCGACGAUGCUGGAGGGAAAUGAAGUCCAGACCUGUCAGAACCAGUUUAAUUUCACGUGCAACCGUAACGAUAGGUACCGUACAUUCGAUGGGACGUGUAACAAUCUUCGCCAUCCUUCUUGGGGAAUGGCCGCUUCUUGCUUCGAAAGAUUGGUUGAGCCAGCCUAUGCUGAUGGUACAUCUCAGAAGAGGGUGGCAGUGUCUGGAAACCCUCUCCCACCGCCUCGACGUGUUUCAUUAGAAAUACACUCUCACAUGGACAAUCCGACAGAUUACGUCACCCAUAUGUUCAUGGCUUUCGGUCAGUUCUUGGAUCACGAUAUCUCAAUGAGCCCUCUCAGUCGAGUGAAUAAUGAACUGAUAGAAUGUUGCCCAACGAACCCCGACGAUCCACCUCAGUGCGAUCCUAUCCUUCUGGAAAGGGACGAUCCUUUCUUCAGUGCAUUCGGAAUCGAUUGUCUCAGCAAUGUUCGGACAACCAUUUGCUCAACUUGUUCAUUGGGUCCCAGACAGCAAACUAAUCAAUUGAGUUCUUAUAUUGAUGCCUCCCACAUCUAUGGGUUGAGCAGGAAUGAUUCUAAUGACCUCAGAAACAAUGACGGAACUGGUACAUUACGCUUCGUUAACCGCCCAGAAGCUGGUGGAGAGCUUCCUCCAGGUAGCGCACGACCCGCCGAAGAUCAGUGCAGUUUUCAAGAUCCCAACUUUGAUUGCUUUGAAACAGGAGAUCAAAGAGCCAAUCAGCACCCAGCCUUGACAUCUUUGCAUGUCUUAUUUUUGCGGGAGCACAACAGGAUAGCCCGAAGACUCAGAGAGGUCAACAGGAACUGGGAUGAUGAAAGACUGUAUCAGGAAUCCAGGCGAAUUGUCGGGGCGUUGAUGCAAAUGAUCACCUACAACGAAUUCCUACCCCUGGUCAUCGGUCCAGAGAGAAUGGAAUGGUUCGAUCUGUCCCUCCGUCGCAAUGGAUUCACGCAAUAUGACGAGACGGUGCCUGGCACGCUGGUAAACGAGUUCUCGACGGCCGCCUUCCGCUUCGGUCACUCCCUCAUCAACAGUUUCUUCCCAGAGAUCAGCAGAGGAUCCAAUUCAGGCGGAAGACUCAGGGACAUGUUUCAGUACCCCUUUGGUAUAUACAGAGGUCAGGUAGAUGGAUUGGUAACUGGACUUACUCAGUCACCGGCGCAGAAGUAUGACAGGUACAUGGUGAGAGAUGUCACCAACCAUUUGUAUCAACCUCGUGGAAAUGAGAGCGGUCUCGAUUUAGCAUCGCUAAACAUCAAUCGCGGCAGAGACCACGGCAUUCCAGGUUACACCACUUUGGUGGAAUUCUGUGGAGGACCGCAGAUCAACACCUGGGGUCAAGUGGACAGACUUUUCCAGAGGGGACUCAGACAAGUCUUCCAAAGAGUCUAUGAGGAUGUCCGAGACAUCGAUUUAUUCUCCGGCGGUUUAGCCGAGAGGCCCAACCAGGGUGCUGUGGUCGGCCCCACCUUCACAUGCAUCAUCGGCAUUCAGUUCUACCAUCUUAAGUAUGGAGAUAGAUUCUUUUUCGAGCACGGAGGACAAACUGGAUCGUUCACAGCCGCUCAAUUGCGUGAAAUCAAGAAAAUGACUCUUGGAAAGUUGAUUUGUCGGAAUUCAGGUAUAAAUGAAAUACAACCCAAUGUAAUGCUAUAUCCGAGUAGCAGAAAUCCAAUGACAAGGUGUGAUGAAUUACCUGAAAUGGAUUUCAAUGCAUGGAGGCAAUCAUAAUUGUAACCAGCUGUAUUUACUGAAAAUGAUGCUCAAAAAAUGAAGACUUCAGACAAAGCGGAUAUCUUCUUUUAUUUUUCAACAUGUGAAAUUUUCCUGCAACAUCUGAAGUCACUGCAGAUAAUUUCAUUAUAUGAUUACUGUUCAUUCAUAUAAUUCAUGUAUCGAACGUAAUUGUUGUGGAUAAUGCACUGCUUUUUUUUUCUGAAAAUGUCAUAUAUCAUGAAGAUUUACAGAACUGUUUAUCUGCUUCAUCAGCGUGUAUUUGUGAUUGUGGAAAGAUUUUUAUGCAUGCCAAUCCUGCAUGUUCAUUAAAGAUUUAAAAAUUA